AUGCUUGUAGGCGCUAUUGAUCGAGGCCCACUCGUCGAUAUUGUCUUUACAAACGGAGUUUUGCCACGUGCGGGUCCUUUCACUACUGUGAAGGAGUUUCAUGAUUGGCUUUCUUCCAUGUUGACGAUGGGAAAAGAGCAGCACUGGCCUGGUAUCGAUCCAAGCGAAAUACCCGACCCAUACCGACAAUCCUUGCCGGACGAUUCUGCUGUCGUUUUCACACACUCUGAUCUCCAUCGCAGCAAUAUUCUUAUCUCUCCUGAAAAACCACAUUGUAUCGUUUCGAUAAUAGACUGGCAACAGUCUGGAUGGUAUCCUGAUUACUGGGAAUUUUGCAAAGCUGAAUAUACAGCUGAUACCAGGUCAGACUGGGUCAGGGAGCAUAUACCACAGUUUCUCGAUGAGCCUGAAUGUGUGGAAGGGUUCGAGCUAUACGCUCAAGCUUACGGCUUCUAA